AUGGACCAUCUAGAGAGGUUCGAGGAUCUUAUUUCUGCUAUUAAAGAAAAUGGAGUCUCUACUCUCUACCUUCUUUGUAAGCUCUUCAAGUACUCUCUUGUUGGAGAAGCUUUGCAAUGGCUUAAGCAGUUACCACCAGGAUCUAUUACAUCCUGGGCAAACAUCAAAAACGCAUUCUUGCGUAAUUUCUUUGAUGAGACAGGCGCAGAGGAUUUGAGGAGCAAGAUUGCUACAUUAGCGCAUGAGCCUACAGAGUUUUUCAGGAACUGUUGGGUUCGGUUCAGGUCUUAUCAGAGAGAAUGUCCACACCAUGAAUUCAACCAAGUGCAGCUGCUCAGCACUUUCUUCAGAGGUUUAGAUCUGGCAUAUAAGACAACUCUAGACACAGCUAGUGAAGGGAACUUCAACACCAGGAAUCCAGAAGAGGUUGUGAGACUUAUAGAGAACUUGGCAUCUAGCAACAGCACCAAGAACACUGAUUAUGAGAGAAGAAAAUCAGCCACUACCCUUGGAAAGGAGCAUAUGGACGAUGUUAGCUUUGCUGAAGAUGUAGAAGCUGUAGAGACUGAUGAAGAGAGAUAUGUAGAGGAGGAUGUGAAUUACAUCAGUGGCACUGGAUUUCAGAGAUCUGGAAACCAGAGUGGAAACAUGAACUUAUAUGGAAACAGUCAGAGGAGCAACUACCGUCAAAAUUCACAGUACCAGAAGCCUUACAACAACAACAACAAGAGUCUUAAUAACUAUUUCUAUCAGAAUCCAGCACCACCUACUCAGGAGAGAAAAAUCGAAGCAAUGCUUGAUCAGGUUCUAGAAGGUCAGCAGAGGCUUACUGUAAAAUUCAAUGAAAAGAUAAAUUAUGCCUACACCAACCUGAAUGCAAAAUUUAACACCUUUAGCGCUCAUGUAAGGAAGUUGGAGACACAAGUGAUUCAGAUAUGA